UUUUGGAGCAGCAACAUGCCAAGCUCGCCAAAGCUGGCGCUCGCCGACGACGAGAACUACAUCUUGCGCGGUGUGCCGACGCUCGUACCAGGCCACGGCACGGAGCUCCUCGUUGCCUUUGUGUCGCCGACGCCGCCACGUGGUCAAGUCUUUGCCAACGAGGUCCAUGUCGCGCUGCUCGAGCGGACGCCGGACGGUAUCGCCGGCCGCUACCGCCUGCGCGACGAUGCGACGCAUAUCGUGCACAGCUACACGUACGACGCCGAGCUCGACGACGACGAUCGCGCGGGCAGUCGGCUCGAGAUGGCCUUCUCGCCGACAGACCCGACGGCACUGUUUGCGUGGACGUGGGAUGCGCCGACGCUGUACAAGCUGCACGUUGACCCUCGCCGCGGCGUGCGCUUGGUAUGCCGCCGCGGCCUCGGGUUUCGGCCCGUCCGAAAGGCCAACUUUGGGCUCGGCAUGUACUUUACGCGGGAUGGUCGCUAUUUACACCUCGUGUCGACGUGUCCGUGGGACGACUACCAGUUUGACGCGCUCUCGCUUUCGCUGCUGCAGCGCACCCGGUCGUGUCCGUGGCCAUAUGCGUCGAUCUCGUACGUCGGGUACUCGAAUCAAGUGCUCGUCGCGGCUGAUGCGGUAGGUGCGCUGGUGGCCCUCGAGCUCAACAGCCGGUCGUUUCUCGGGCUGCAGCUCCCGACCGGCGACCACUUGCACGUUUCGCUUGGGGCGACACAGCUGAGUCUGGUACCCUGUUACAUCCAUGGACGCUUUGCACUCAGUGCGACCGCGCUCCACGAGAAGCGUCGAUACCACGGGGUCUUUCGGGACAUUUGGCACCUCCUCGAGAUCUCGCCACUGCAGCUGCAGCCGUGGGUGCCCCCAACGGUGCAGUGGCCGCGCACCGCCGACGGCGACUUCGACGACGACGACGUGGCACUGGCACCGGUGGAAGCAACGCCAACGAUCACGUAUGCGCUGGCGUUGGAUCUCCCGGACGCACCGUGGGUCGAGGUCACGGCGUCUAGUCCUAGCACUCACUAUCUGCGCUGCAGCCCGCUAUGCAUCGACGGCGAAAUGUACCAGCUGGACAUUGUCCGACCCCACACGGCCUUGAUCCGCCACCCGAUCUCCAACGCGUGCAUGCAUGUGCUCCAGUACAACGAGGUCGACGACAUUGAGAUCCUCCAUGUCCUUAGCCGCGGCAAGGUGCUGUCGUGGACGAGUCCCUUCCUCUUGGCAAGCGGCCCGCUGCAGCUCGCGACACCCAUGGUCUAUAAACCUAUCGGAAAUGGCAUCCUGCCGACCGACGAUGCCGUGUUCCAGGCUGCGGCCUUCCACUACACCGACGACGACCGCCUCGCGACGUCAACCUUUCGCGUGCUGGGGCCGCACACGCUCGCGAUGGUACUUUCGGCCGGGUACCUCUGCCUCGCCGACCUGCUGACGAUGCUGCGGUUGCUGCCAAGCCUGCGCCGCGACUGCUUCCAACACGCUGAGAUGCGCCGAUGCAUGCUGCGCACGCAUUUCUUGGACUGCGUCGAGUCGACGUUUCUGUGGCCCGACGACGCCGCGCACUACGAAGCCAAGGCGGCGUCGCUGCUCCUCUUCUUGACAACCAUCCAUGACGAAGAAGCGUACGAGCUGCUCGCGGCGUCGGCGUAUUUUAAGCUCCGCGGCGAACGGCGCGACCGGACCCUCGCGCGCGAUUACCUCGAGAUGCUGCCGCCCAAGACGCGCACGCUGCAUGGCAAGAAUGGCGACGUGGUCGUUAUACAUGUGUCGACCGAAUGACGUUAUACGACACACUUGUACAGUACCGUAGAUGCAAGCAAGGAAAAAGGAGUUCAUUGUUCAAUAUGAGACAUGACGUAAGGGA